CAUGUUUUUGUGAAUUAUUUGUGACGACACAGUUAAAAAUCUCUUUAUUAAAACCAAUAGUACAUUAAAGUAUGACAUUCGAAGAAUAUUGUAUAAAAUUUUCACGGAAAAAUAUUAAAAAAUACGGCAAUGGCAGCAAUUAUUAGGACGUGUAUCGGAAAAAGGUAUAAUUGCCGUGCCCCUCAUAACUUGGUGCUGGAUCAUCCGAAAUCAAAAAAACAAAGUUCAUUCGUUAGGUAAUAGUUUUCUCCAGGUAACGCUAGGAGAGUUUUUCGAAAUUUCAAUUUUUCACUUUUUUGGAACACUUUGAAGGGAAAAUUAGCCGCAAAUUUUCGCAAAAUCGGCUAACUCAGUAUUCCAAAAAAGUGAAAAAUUGAAAUUUUGAAAAACCCUCCUAGCGUUACCCGGGCAAAACUGUUACCUACCUGAUUUUUUUAUUUCAGAUGAUCCAGCACCAAGUUAUGAGCAAUUCUACUUUUUUUAAUAUUGUUUGGAAUAUACAUAUAUGUUUCGUGGCAUAGGUUAUGUUUCGCUAGAUUUUAUUGAUGUGUUAACUAGUUUUAAUAUUGUAUAUUUUAAUAUUUAAUUAAUAAUGUAAAACACACAUAUAUAUAUAUUUUCACGACGUAAUCUUCCAAUGGGAUAAACAAUGCAUUUUUAAAUUUUUUUUAUUUAUUUAUUAGAAUAUUGAUCUCAUACAUACAUAUAUAACUUGUAAUGUGAUAAUAAAAAUUUUUUAUUAGAAUGUUAACUAUGUAUAAUUACUUGGUUUGUUAACAGGUUUAUUUAGUUAUUUUAUUUAUCCAUUUAUUUUUUGUUAUUUAAUAAAAUAUAACAUGUAUUCUUGUCCCUUUUCCUAAUUAUUUCCUUGUUGUUAUUUUAUUUCGGAUUCAUCAGGUGAGUUCGCAGUUCACUCAGUUUAUUAAUUGUUUUAUAAUUUCUCCUUUUCUUGUUGAUUAAUUAAAAUGUGUCUUCCAUUUAUUCUCUUUUGCUAUUAUGUGGUAUAUAAUUAUUUUAACUUCUAGAUUUUACCUGUUCCUUCGAUUUACUAGUUGGUUUUAUUUAAUAGUUUGUUUUGCAUUUGCGUAUUCCAUCUUCGUUAAUUAAUUGUAGUAUAUUUUCCUGUCGUCGGAUAUAAUUGUUCUUGUUCCAGAUUGAUUCGCACCUCGCUCGGGUUGUUAGUUGGUAUAGGUUAUGUUAUAUUUUUCAUAUUUAUUACUUCGUUAGAGUAUUUAUUUCUAUUUUAUCAUUUACCCUCGUAUGUUAGUUUUCUAUAUAUAACUACGUUUAAUUAGUCUUUUAUCAAGGAAUUUCCAUUUUCGUUAUACCGUGCGUUUGUUUUGGAGUGUUCGAACUGUCACUCGCGUUGUUUGUAUAUUGCAAUUUUCUAUUUUUCGUUACGGCACGCGCGGAGCGCGGGACGUGACACCAGACUGGGAAUUCAAUCCAAUAGUUACCAAAAAACGAAGGUACAAAGAUUUGUUUUCCUACAGCCAAGAAGGUGCUUACAAAGGCACUUCCAGACUGGGAAUUCAAUCUAAUAGUUACCAAAAAACGAAGGUACAAAGAUUUGUUUUCCUACAGCCAAGAAGGUGCUUACAGAGGCACUUCCAGCCUGGGAAUUCAAUCUAGUAGUUACCAAAAGACACGACAGACGAACAAUACCUAUCACACACUAACACUCCUAGCUUAAAGAAAAUAAUAAUAAUAAUAAUAAUAAAAAAAAUCUUCGAAAUAGUCCUUAGACUAUUUCUGGUGGCAGCAACUACCGUAUUAAUCAGAAAUCUAAAUUAAUAUUUCAUACGCAAUCAUAUCAUUUCAAUAUUUCCCUUCCGAUUAAAUUCAACUCAAACGGAAAAUAAAUUUAAUAAACUUUAAAUUUAAAAUUUGAUCGAUUUAAACAAAUAAAUACGUAACAGAGAUUAAUUUUUGGUGGCAGCGGUGGGAUAUGCUCCACAGAGGAUUAAAAUUGUCACGCUUGUCAAUAAAAUAUAUAUUUAAGAAAUAAUGACGACUAAAUUGGAAUCGUUGGACGAAGAAAUGGUUUUGACAUUGUCGGAAAAACUUAAAACAUGGGAUGCGCUCCACGGAGGAUUAAAGUUGGUUUAGACGGUGGGAUAGGUUCCACGGAGGAUUAAAGUUGUUACGAUUAUCGAUAAAAUAUAUACCUAAGAAAUAAUGGCGACUAAAUUAGAAUCAUUGGACAAAGACAUGAUCUUGAUGUUAUCGGAAAAACUUAAAGCAUGGGAUGCGAAUUUUCGCGACAUGAGUACAAAAAUGAAUAAAUUACAAGACGAUGUGCGUUCACUGAAAACAAAAAAAGAAAUCAAGACACCCGUAUCAUCGCCGAUAAUUUCCCAAGCGACAAUACCGACAGAAGUUAAUCCCCAACCAAUUAAGUUAAAAGAUGCAAUAGAGACAGUACCGGUGUUCGACGGACAUCGACCCUCGGUAUUUCGAUUUUUAAGAGCAUGCGAGCGCGCACGAAACAUGGUUCCUAGGCAUCAAGAAUCUCAGUUAGUAAAAUUAUUAACGAAUAAGCUUCGCGGACACGCGUUUCUCGCCGUAGAAGACACAGAAGUAAUAAGUUUAAACGAUUUCGGGAAUAAAUUAAAAGAUAUGUUCGGUCCGGGAAAAACGGUUAACGAAUAUAAAGGGGAAUUAGCUACAGUAUUUCAACGACCGGGAGAAGAUAUUUUGGACUACAUAGAUCGCGUCAAAGAUCUCAGACUGGCGAUAAUGAACGGGGAAAGAUACGAGUACGGCACCGUAUUUCAAGAUAGGAUAGAUCGAGACACGAGGGAAGCUUUCGUUAAGGGGCUCCCAAACGAGGUGUAUUUACGAGUAAAGAUAGCAGGAUACCAAUCCUUGGACUGGACGAUGCGUACCGCCAAGCCGUGAAAGCAACACGAGAAUUAAAACAAGCGAACAAUAGAAUUCGAUACCAACAUCCGACACCUUCGAAUAAUUAUAACCGAAACAACGCUCAUCCACCAUACAAUAAUAUCUACAUCGGAAACAACCGCCAGGACUGGAGAUUUGUACCGCCGUCGUGGAAACAUCUAAACAACUCGGGAAUAGAAGAAGAUGUCAGGAAAGAAGCAAGAGCAAUAACCUGGGAAGAAAUAUGCAUAAAUAAAUACCUCGAUAGAGAUCUAAAUCAAAAGAGAGAUGCUGAUCAUUUCAACCAAUCAACUUUUCAAUGCAAACACCAUUCCGUUGCUGUGAUAAGGGAUAAUGUCACGUUAAACAAUGAAGCAGAAACUAGGAAAUUGAACGACGAGACGAUAGGCAACGCUUAUCCACUGCCUAAUAUCACGGAGAUAUUGGACCCGCUGGGAAGUGCGAAGUGCCUCUCCACGUUCGACUUGGCAAAGAUACAAAAGCAAGACUCCACGAAUUUCGUGAAUGACUCAACCAUAAUAGGAAAAGAGAUAGCGAAUGUAUCUCACUCAAAAACUUCUAUAAAACCAUCAGAAGGUAACUUUAUCGAACUCAAAGCCAAAUCAUUAAAUUGCAAGGAAGAUCACACUAUGGAGAAUAAAUAUAUAGCUAUCCCUAAAUCCAAAACAGAAUCUAUAAGCAAAAAGGUUUGUAAUAAAAAUUCAAAGAAUAAUUCUAAAUCUACCGAAAAUAUUCCUAAACGUUCCAUACAAAUAAAUAAUAAUUUAAUUAUAAUAAGCACUUCCAGUGAAACUAUUCAUCCUGAAAAGGUAGAGAAAAAUCAAGGUGUUGUGAAUAAAGUAAAUAAAGAAGAAAAAAGGGUAAUUAAGGAAAAGGAUUCUAAACAUUUUCAAGCUGAAGAAACGCAAGUUCAACGAG